AUGAUCAACUACAUCCAGCUGAAAUUGGACCUAGAACGGGAGACGAUUGAGCUGGUGCACACGGAGCCCACGGACGUGGCCCAGCUGCCUUCACGGGUGCCCCGAGAUGCUGCUCGUUACCACUUCUUCCUCUAUAAGCAUACCCACGAGGGUGAUCCACUUGAGUCUGUGGUGUUCAUCUACUCGAUGCCGGGCUACAAGUGCAGCAUCAAGGAGCGCAUGCUCUAUUCCAGCUGUAAGAGCCGCCUCCUGGACUCUGUGGAGCAGGACUUCCAGCUGGAGAUCUCCAAAAAGGGCCCCUGCCACAGCACCUUGCACCCCUUGUCUCUCCUGGUGAAGGCCUCAGCGCUGGCUGUGGCACUGGCCCUGGGCACCCUACCUGCCUUCCUGCCCUGUGAGCUCCAGCCCCAUGGCCUCGUGAACUGCAACUGGCUAUUCCUGAAGUCUGUGCCCCGCUUCACUGUGGCAGCACCCCGUGGCAAUAUCACCAGCCUGUCCCUGCGCUCCAACCGCAUCCACCACCUCCAUAACUCUGACUUCGCCCACCUGCCCAACCUGCGGCGUCUCGACCUGAAGUGGAAUUGCCCGCCAGCCAGCCUCAACCCCAUGCACUUCUCCUGCCACAUGACCAUCGAGCGGGGCACCUUCCUGGCUGUGCCCACUCUGGAGGAGCUGAACCUGAGCUACAAUAGCAUCAGAACUGUGCCUGCCCUCCCCAGCUCCCUCGUAUCCCUGUCCCUGAGCCGCACCAACAUCCUGGCACUCGACCCUACCACCUUUGCUGGCCUACAGUCCCUGCGCUUCCUGUUCAUGGACGGUAACUGCUACUACAAGAACCCCUGUGUAGAGGCCCUGAGGGUGGCCCCGGGUGCCCUCUUUGGCCUGGGCAAGCUCACCCAUCUGUCGCUCAAGUACAACAACCUCACGGCUGUGCCCCAAAGCCUGCCUCCCAGUCUGGAGUCCCUGCUGUUGUCCUAUAACCACAUUAUCAGCCUGGCACCUGGGGACCUGGCCAACUUGACUGCCCUACGUGUACUGGACUUGGGUGGGAACUGCCGCCGCUGUGACCAUGCCCGCAACCCCUGCAGGGAGUGCCCACAUGGCUUCCCCCGGCUGCACCCAGAUGCUUUCAGCCACCUGAGCCGCCUCGAAGGCCUGGUGUUGAAGGACAGUUCUCUAUACAGCCUGAAUGCCACUUGGUUCCAUGGUCUGGGCAACCUUACCGUGCUGGACCUGAGUGAGAACUUCCUCUACAACUGCAUCACCAAAACCAUGGCCUUCAAAAGCCUGACACGGCUGCGCAAACUCAACCUGUCCUUCAACUACCACAAGAAGGUGUCCUUUGCCCACCUGCACCUGGCAUCCUCCUUUGGCAGCCUGAUUUCCUUGCAGGAGCUGGACAUGCAUGGCAUCUUCUUCCGCUCGCUCAGUGAGACCACACUCCACCCUCUGGCCCGUCUGCCCAUGCUCAGGAGUCUUCGUCUGCAGAUGAAUUUCAUCAAUCAGGCUCAGCUGGGAAUCUUUGGGGCCUUCCCCAGCCUGAAGUAUGUGGACCUUUCAGACAACCGCAUCAGCGGAGCCACAAAGUUGGCGGCCAGCACCGGGGAGGUAGAUGGUGGGCAGAAGGUAUGGAUGCAGUCUAGGAAUCUUGCUCCAGCCCCACUGGACCCUCUCAGCAAAGAGGACUUCAUGCCAAACUGCAAAAACCUCACCUUUACCUUGGACCUGUCACGGAAUAACCUGGUGACAGUCCAGCCUGAGAUGUUUGCCCAGCUCUCGCGCCUCCAGUGCCUGCGCCUAAGCUACAACAGCAUUGCACAGGCAGUCAACGGCUCGCAGUUCGUGCCACUGACCAGCCUGCGGGUGCUGGACUUGUCCCAUAACAAGCUGGACCUGUACCACGGGCACUCGUUCACUGAACUGCCGCAACUAGAGGCCCUGGACCUCAGCUACAACAGCCAGCCCUUCAGCAUGCAGGGCAUAGGCCACAACCUUAGCUUUGUGGCCCACCUGCCUGCCUUGCGCUACCUCAGCCUGGCACACAACAACAUCGACAGUCGAGUGUCCCAGCAGCUCUGCAGCAGGUCGCUGCUGGCCUUGGAUUUCAGUGGUAACACUCUGAGCCGUAUGUGGGCCGAGGGAGACCUCUAUCUCCACUUCUUCAAAGACCUGCAACGCCUGGAGUGGCUGGACCUGUCCCAGAAUCGCCUGCGUGCACUUGUGCCCCGCACCCUGGAUAAGCUCCCCAAGACCUUACGGCUGCUGCGACUUCGUGGAAAUCACUUGGCCUUCUUCAACUGGAGCAACCUGGCCCUCCUGCCCAACCUAGAAGUGCUGGACCUGGCGAGAAAUCAGCUGAAGACCCUGACUAACAGCAGCCUGCCUGAUGGCACAAGGCUCCAGCGGCUGGACCUCAGCAGCAACAGCAUCAGCCUGGUGGCACCUGGCUUCUUUGCCCGGGCCAAAAAGCUACAUGAGCUCAACCUCAGUGCCAACGCCCUUAAGACGGUGGACCCCUCCUGGUUUGGGCUCUGGGCAGGUACCCUGAAGGUACUGGAUGUGAGCGGCAACCCUCUCCACUGUGCCUGUGGGGCGGUCUUUGUGGACUUUCUGCUGGAGGUGCAGGCCGCUGUGCCGGGUCUGCCCAGCCAUGUGAGGUGUGGCAGCCCAGGCCAGCUGCAGGACCAAAGCAUUUUUGCACAGGAUCUGCGCCUCUGCCUGGACGAGGCCCUCUCCUGGGACUGCUUUGGCCUCUCACUGCUAGCAGUGGCCCUGGGCCUGGCUGUGCCCCUGCUGCACCACCUCUGUGGCUGGGACCUCUGGUACUGCUUCCACCUGUGUCUGACCUGGCUUCCCCAGUGGGGGCGGCAGCAGGGCGGAGAUGGCCUGCCCUACGAUGCCUUUGUGGUCUUCGACAAGGCACAGGGCGAGGUGGCUGAUUGGGUGUACAACGAGCUGCGGGUGUGGCUGGAGGAACGCCGCGGGCACAGGGCACUGCGCCUGUGUCUGGAGGAACGGGACUGGUUGCCUGGCAAGACGCUCUUUGAGAACCUGUGGGCCUCGGUCUACAGCAGCCACAAGAUGCUGUUUGUGCUGGCCCACACUGACCGCAUCAGCGGCCUCUUGCGGGCCAGCUUCCUGCUGGCCCAACAGCGCCUGCUGGAGGACCGGAAAGACGUGGUGGUGCUAGUGAUCCUGCGCCCCGAUGUUCACCGCUCCCGCUAUGUGCGGCUGCGCCAGCGCCUCUGCCGCCAGAGUGUCCUCUUCUGGCCCCACCAGCCCAGCGGCCAGGGCAGCUUCUGGGCCCAGCUGGGUGUGGCCCUGACCAGGGACAAUGGCCACUUUUAUAAUAGGAACUUCUGCCAGGGACCUACAGCUGAAUAA